AUGAAAAUCACCCAUCUAUGUUUUGCUGAUGAUUUACUGCUUUUUGCUAAGGGUGACUGUCCUUCUGUCCAGGCCAUGAUGGAAUGUUUGAAGCAAUUUUCAGCUGCUUCUGGAUUACAAGCAAACAUGGGGGAAAGUUGUAUUUACUUUGGUGGUGUAUCACAACAGGAGAGGCUUAGUAUUUUGCAGAGCACUAGUUUUUCUUAUGGGGAACUUCCCUUCAAAAACCUAGAAGUUCCAUUGUCCACAAAGAAGAUAUCUAUUAUCCAGUGGCAACCUUUGAUUCUAAAAAUAGUUUGCCAAAAUUUUCUCUUGGACCUCAAAAAAGCUCUCCUAUGCUGUAGAGCUCAACUUAUGCAAUCAGUUCUGUUUGGAGUUCAAGCUUAUCGGGCUCAACUUUUUGUCUUGCCUGCUAAAGUGAUCAAGCUCAUCGACAGCUACUGCAGAAGUUACCUAUGGUCUGCCAGUAACACUAUCACUAAAAAGGCACUGAUAGCCUGGACUAGAGUGUGCUCUCCAGUAUGUUUUGGUGGUAUAAACUUGACUAAUAUUGGUCUGUGGAACAGAGCUGCUAUAGCUAAAAUCCAUCGGGCACUGGCAAAUAAAGAAGACAGGCUAUGGAUUAGAUGGGUGCACACCUACUACAUACAGGGGCAACCCUUUGAGAGUAUUAGAGUCCCACAACGAGCAUGUUGGAUGAUCAGGAAGAUCAUUGAGGCUAGAAGCUCUUUAAAUCAGUUUCAAUGUAGUAACACUUGUGGUAAGAGCCUGAUCAGACAACUCUAUUUGCAAUUACUUGAUUCUGUGCCUAGAGUUAUGUGGAAGAACUUGACGUAUCAGAAUGCUGCAAGGCCUAAGGCCAGAUUCACUUUUUGGCUUUAA